AUGCAGGACGCCUGGACUGCUAGCAAAGCUGAGGAGAUCCAAGUCUACGCGGACCGCAACGAAUGGAAGAACUUCUUCUCUGCGAUCAAAGCUGUCUACGGUCCACCGACAAAGGGCCUUGCUCCUCUCCUCAGCGCCGACGGCAGCACUCUCCUGACUGAGAAGACGCAAAUCCUUCAGCGAUGGGCCGAGCAUUUCCGAGACGUCCUAAACCGCCCUUCCGCCAUCUCCGACGCCGCCAACGUGCGUUUGCCGCAAGUCGAGACCAACGCGGACCUCGACCUCCCACCAUCUCUCCAGGAAACCAUCAGGGCCGUGCAGCAGCUCUGCAGCGGGAAAGCACCCGGAUCGAACGCAAUCCCUGCUGAGGUCUACAAACCCGGAGGUCCCCAACUCAUGGAUCACCUGACUGCGCUCUUCCAGGAGAUGUGGCGUCAAGGUGAAGUUCCGCAAGAUUUCAAGGACGCAACAAUCGUGCACCUAUACAAGCGAAAAGGGAAUCGCCAAAUCUGCGACAAUCACCGUGGAAUCUCCUUGCUGAACAUCGCCGGGAAGAUCUUCGCUAGCAUACUUCUCAACCGCCUCAAUAACCAUCUGGAACAGGGCCUUCUGCCGGAAAGCCAGUGCGGCUUCCGUCGUCAUCGUGGGACCACGGAUAUGAUCUUCGCCGCCCGCCAACUUCAGGAGAAGUGUCAGGAGAUGCGGACCCACCUGUACUCUACCUUCGUGGACCUGACGAAAGCCUUCGACACGGUGAAUCGUGAAGGACUGUGGAAGAUCAUGCAGAAAUUCGGCUGUCCGGAGCGAUUCACUCAGAUGGUGCAUCAGCUGCACGACGGCAUAAUGGCGCGAGUCACGGACAACGGAGCUGUCUCAGAGGCAUUCGCAGUGACUAACGGAGUGAAACAGGGAUGCGUGCUGGCACCAACCCUCUUCAGUCUUAUGUUCUCUGUCAUGCUGAUGGACGCCUACCGCGACGAACGUCCCGGGAUUCGCAUCGCCUACAGGACGGACGGUCACCUCCUGAAUCAACGGCGGAUGCACUUCCAAUCACGCGUUUCCACAACAACCGUUCACGAACUCCUCUUCGCCGACGACUGCGCCCUGAACACCACCUCAGAAGAGGAGAUGCAACGGAGCAUGGACCUGUUCUCCGCCGCCUGCGAGAAUUUUGGUUUGGUCAUUAACACGCAGAAGACGGUGGUGAUGCACCAACCGCCACCCAACUCAGCCACAGCCCCCAACGCGUCGCCGCAAAUCAGCGUGAAUGGGACCCUACUGCAAGUGGUGGAUAACUUCCCUUACCUGGGCAGCACUCUCUCCCGCACCACCAAGAUUGAUGACGAAGUCGCCAACAGGAUCUCGAAAGCCAGCCAAGCCUUCGGUCGUCUCCAAAGCACAGUUUGGAAUCGUCACGGUCUUCAACUGAACACGAAACUGAAGAUGUACAAGGCCGUUAUCCUGCCGACGCUACUGUACGGAGCAGAGACCUGGAUGGCACGCCGUCUUAACCACUUCCACCUCAGUUGUCUUUGUCGAAUCCUGCGUCUGAACUGGCAGGAUCGCAUUCCCGACAGUGAUGUGCUGGAACGAACGGGAAUGCUCAGCAUCUACUCCAUGCUGAGACAAAUGCAGCUGCGCUGGAGCGGCCACCUGGUGCGCAUGGACGACGAGCGGCUACCCAAACGACUCUUCUACGGAGACGUCGCGACGGGUUCUCGUCGUCAAGGAGGCCCAAUUCGUCGAUACAAGGAUACCCUGAAGUCCUCCCUGAAGCUACUGCAAAUCAACCCGACCAACUGGGAAGAGCUCGCCUGCGAUCAUCCAGCAUGGAGGAGAACAGUGAAGACGGGCGCUGCUAUCCACGAAGCCAACCGCAUCGCCGCCGCCAAAGCAAAACGCGAAGCCCGCAAAUCACAACUGCGCCCAGUCAGCAACGCUGUCGCACAACUGCUUCCAACGUGUCCUCGAUGUAAGCGGACAUUCCGGGCACGAAUCGGACUUGUUGGACAUCUUCGGAUCAACUGUACCUCUCGAACUGCACCAAACUUCAUCCCCCCGCUCGCGUCAUCCUCGUCCUCUCUGCCGCCGAAUAACUCUGUGAAUUCUUCUGCACCACCACUUCCAUCCUCCUCCUCCCCAUCCUCCUCCUCCUCCUCAUCCCCCUCCUCCUCCCCCUCCUCCUCCUCUGCCUCCUCUGCCUUCUCUGCCUCCUCUGCCUCCUCCUCCUCCACCACCACCACCACUGCCCCAACGGCGGCCGCUCAGGCAGCCGUCUCGCAUAUCUCCGACCGCGACACAACAACCGGCACCACCCCCGCCUCUCCCGACUCCAGCAAUGAGAAUCAGGACUACACCUGUCCUCACUGCGAUCGCACCUUCACCUCACACGUCGGCCUGGUCGGUCACUUGCGAAUCCAUCGCACAGAGACCAGAGCACCAGUGCCUGGAGCACCAACCUACACCCACCAAGCUCGUCUCAACUGUCCACACUCUCCUCGCACUUUCGGGCACCGCAUGGGCCUAUUCGGCCACAUGCGCAUCCACAACGACCUGCGGUAG